AUGCAGGAGUCUCCAGGUGCCAUGGGUGUAGAUGGCAGCUACGCCAGCAACGUUCCAGCCUUUCUCACCAAGCUGUGGACCCUGGUGGAGGAUCCAGACACCAACCACCUCAUCUGCUGGAGCGCGACUGGAACCAGUUUUCAUGUGUUUGACCAGGGACGCUUUGCCAAGGAAGUUCUCCCAAAGUACUUUAAACACAAUAAUAUGGCAAGCUUUGUUCGACAACUCAACAUGUAUGGUUUCCGCAAGGUGGUAAACAUUGAGCAGAGUGGUCUGGUGAAGCCUGAGAGAGACGACACAGAGUUCCAACAUCUGUACUUCCUCCAGGGGCAUGAACACAUGCUGGAACACAUCAAGAGGAAGGUAUCCAUAGUAAAGAGUGAGGAGACCAAAGUUCGCCAGGAGGACCUCAGUAAACUGCUGUAUGAAGUUCAGCUUCUCAGAACACAACAGGACAACAUGGAGUGUCAGAUGCAGGACAUGAAACAGCAGAACGAAGUACUGUGGAGAGAGGUGGUCUCACUGAGACAGAACCACACGCAGCAACAGAAAGUCAUGAACAAGCUGAUUCAGUUUCUGUUCAGCCAGAUGCAGUCCAACACACCCAGCACUGUGGGCCUAAAGAGAAAGCUGCCCCUGAUGUUGGAUGACGGCUCUCCCAGCCCUCCUGCCUCCAAGUUCAGCCAUAGUCACCCGAUGGAGCCCAUGCAUGAGCCUUUCUACAUUCAGUCGCCAUCCAGUGACACUGCUUCUUGCUCUACCAGUGGGCUGACAGGAGGACCAAUCAUAUCAGACGUUACUGACAUGUCUCAGGCCAGCAUGGCCCUCCAGAUGCAGCCUGAUGAGACCAGGGAGAAGUGCAUGAUGCUGAUAAAGGAAGAGCCUGUGAGCCCAGGAGUGCGAGGAGGAGGCAAAGGAGGCAGUGUAGGGGGAGGAGAGGCCGUGGCGUUGAGCUCCUCCUGUGAGGUGUGCUCCUCUGAACCUCCUGUCCUCCCUGUCGCAAUGGUCCAGUCUGUUCUGGAGGGGAGGGGCUCUGCGGCCUCUAUGGUGGAGAGGAGGAGUAAGAGACCUGCCCUGGACAGAGCGGAGGUUUCAGAUACAGUGGAGAAUGUGGAUAUGAGCCUGGAGGAGCUGCAGCAGCUGCUGCUCAGGAGCCAUCAGCAGAGUGCCGUGGAAGCUGGGACCAGCGCUGUUAUGGAUCCCUUCAGUUUAAGCCUACCUCUGACUGAGUGGAACUUCACAGAGAUGGAGUCCAACCUCAAAUCAUACAUGUUCCAGAAUCAGGAAACAGAGGCUUUUCCAGCUGCUAGCUGUGAGGAACAGUGA